UCUCGGCCAAACGCCGGCCAGUGAAAAAUACCCCGCAACUGAACCUAGCACACAAGGAUAGGAUUCGUAAGAAAUUAACCAUGAGUGGCCGCCUGGAGGUGGCAUACCAACUCAUCAUGCACGCCACCACACCUCUACUAAUCAUGCUCAUGCUCAUCGUCCCACUCCUCCUCCCGCUGCUUCUGAACUUGGCAGCAAGCAGCCGCCGCCGUGGCAACAACGGCGGCAAGAAGCUCCCGCCUUCCCCUCCAGCGCUGCCCAUCAUCGGCCACCUGCACCUCGUCGGCGACCUCCCGCACGUCUCCCUCCGCGACCUCGCCGCCAGCCACGGCCGCGACGGCCUCAUGCUCCUCCGCCUCGGCGCCGUCCCCAACCUCAUCGUGUCGUCCCCGAGCGCCGCGCGGGCGGUCCUGCGCACGCACGACCACGUCUUCGCCUCACGCCCAGCGUCCGCCAUCGCCGACGCCCUCAUGUACGGCCCAUCGUCCGACAUGGGCUUCGCCCCCUACGGCGAGCACUGGCGGCAGGCCAGGAAGCUCGUCACCACGCACCUCUUCACCGUCAAGAAGGUGCACUCCUACCGCCAUGACCGCGAAGAAGAGGUGCGCCUGGUGAUGGCCAAGAUGCGGGAGUCGGCGGCGGCGAGCACGGCCGCCGUGGACAUGAGCGAGGCAAUGAACGCCUUCGCCAACGACGUCGUGACCCGGGCCGUGUCGGGCAAGUUGUUCUGGGCAGAAGGCCGGAACAAGCUCUUCCGGGAGCUCGUUGGGAUCAACGCAGCUCUGUUUGGAGGAUUCAACCUGGAAGAGUACUUCCCGGGCCUAGCCAGCUCGCUAGGUUUUCUCAGCAGAUGGUUCCCGCGCUACAGGCAGGCCCGCCACGCACACAAAAGGUGGGACGAGUUGCUUGAGACCAUCAUAAGCGACCACGAGCUCGAGAGAAGACACUCUAUCUCCAUGCCAUGUCGUGACUUCACUGAUGUGUUGCUCUCAGUUCAGCAGGAGUACGGUCUCACCAGAGAUCAUACCAAGGCCAUCUUGAUAGACUUGUUUAAUGCGGGCACAGACACAUCAUCUUUGGUCCUGGAACUUGCCAUGGCAGAGCUCAUGCGCAACCCUCAGCACAUGACCAAGCUGCAAGGUGAAGUCAGGAAGCACACACCAGAGGGGCAAGAAAUGGUCGAGGAAGAGAACCUAGCCAGCAUGCCCUACCUGAGGGCCGUCGUGAAGGAAACGCUAAGGUUGCACCCGCCUGCUCCGCUCCUCCUCCCUCACCUCGCCAUGGCGGACUGUACUGUCGUCGUCGGCGAUGGCGCCUACUCCAUACCCUCCGGCACUCGGGUCAUCGUCAACGCAUGGGCUAUUAGUAGAGAUCCAGAGUCAUGGGAGAAGCCGGACGAGUUCAUGCCGGAGAGGUUCAUGGAUGGUGGGAGUGCUGCGGCCGUCGACUUCAAGGGGAACGACUUUGAGUUCCUGCCAUUUGGGGCUGGACGGAGGAUUUGCCCUGGACUCAAUUUUGCGUUGGCCACUGUUGAGAUCAUGCUAGCAAAUCUCUUGCAUUGCUUCGAAUGGGAGCUGCCCAACGGCAUGGAGGCCGAGGAUGUCGAUACGACGGAGGUGUUUGGAUUGACAAUCCAUCCAAAGGAGAAGCUCAUGCUUUUUCCGAAACCACGUGGAACUAGUACUGGUGGUGGUCACUCCAUGCAAGCUGAGGCAGCUGAUCCCGAGUGAUCGAUCGUACCUAGGGGUGGUAAUGGACCCAAUCUUUAUUGAGCCCGAUCCUUAAAUUUACUAGACUAAAUUAGAGGACCCUUUACCACCCCUCGCGCCCAAUCGAUCAUAUCACACGCAUAUAUUUUGUAUAGCAGCUGUAUAUACAAUAAUUAGUGCUGCUUUUAAUAACUAGCUGGUUUUGUAGAUAUGAGCACAAUGCAUAUAUACAUCUCAGUUCACCGUAUAUAUGCGAUCACGGGAACUAUGGUUUGAAGCUUGAGAUCAAUGUAUAUAUAUGGUAUCAUAAUGAUUCCACAUCUUGAUCUAAUGUAUGCAUAUGUAUAUGCGAUUCACUUCUUUUAUGCAAGCAACUUUUAUACGAA